GGGCACCCGCCGGUCAUGGCAGUCAGUAGGUCUUUGACUACGACUCAAACUCCACGAACCACCCAACAGGUGACAGCACUACCAGACAUCAUGGCGGAGGUGGGGAUGUCAUCCGCUGAUCUCGUAAAUGAUGCGAAACCUGCUCGGGCUACGCAGUACAUCGCUGCUAUAUCAGCAACGAUGGGAGCCCUCUGCUUCGGCACAGUUCUCGGUUACUCCUCCCCAGCGGGCAUCUUACUGACCAGCAACUCCACCGACAGUUCCCUGCAGCUGACCACCGUCGAAAACAGCUGGUUCUCCUCGUCAGUCAACCUCGGGGCUCUCGUAGGAGGUCCAAUCGGCGGCCUCUGUGUCAACGCCAUCGGCCGGCGGGGAACCAUGCUGGCCUUGUUCCCGUUCUUCUUCGGGUCCUGGGUGAUCAUCGCUCUCGGUCAAAACUUCGCCAUGCUCUUGGUGGGUCGCAUCAUCGCUGGACUGUGCACAGGGGUAGUGUGCAUAGCAAGUCCCACCUACAUCGGAGAAUUCGCCUCUGCUGACAUCCGGGGAACGUUAGGCGCAGGUUUCCAGCUGAUGGCGGGGGUUGGCAUUCUCUACGCAUACAUCUUUGGUGCUUUUAUAAACAGCUGGCAAAUACUCGCAGUUGUGUGCGCUGUCCCGACAAUCCUUUUCUGCGUGUUAAUGGUCUUCUCAAAGGAGUCCCCGAGUUACCUGCUCUCUAAGGGGAAAGAUAAGGAGGCCCAGGAAUCUAUGCGAUACUUCCGAGGACCUGACUACAACAUCCAGCCGGAGAUGCAGAUGCUGAAACAGAGUCUCGAAGACUCCAGAGCGAACAAAGCUUCUUUCUCAGACCUGAAGCAGGCGUACAUCUUGAAGCCUCUCCUUAUCGCCGUUGCACUCAUGUUAUUCCAGCAGCUCUGUGGCGUCAACGCUGUUCUCUUUAACUUGAAGGCUAUCUUUUCGGAGUCAGGAACAGACCUCUCCGAUGACGUCAGUUCCAUCAUCGUCGGUGUAGUUCAAGUUCUGGCCACUGUUGUCGCUAGUGUGCUUAUGGACAGAGCUGGUAGGAAAUUUCUUCUGAUCACAUCUUCGGCAGCCAUGACAGUUGCUCUCGUGGGUCUCGGUGUCUUCUUCUACCUGAAAGACAAUGGUGACGUCAGUGCCCUCGGAUGGCUCCCUAUUACGUCAUUGAUGGUCUUCAUUGCGGCAUUCAGUUUCGGCUUCGGACCUAUCCCUUGGCUCAUGAUGAGCGAACUUUUCACACCCAACGUUCGUGAAGCUGCCGGCGGGCUGAGUACAAUGACAAACUGGGGAAUGUCUUUUAUUGUCACGUACUUCUUCGAGAGUAUGCGGGAUGCCAUCCACGAAUACGGUGUGUACUGGCUCUUCGGUGGUAUCUGCGCCGUCAGCUUGGUCUUCUGUGUCCUGGUGGUGCCGGAGACGAAGGGAAAGACCCUGCAGGAGAUCACGGCGCUCUUUGGGGGUCCUGCCACGUCCCCUACGCCCGCCAGACCUUCAUCGCCUUCGUCAGCGUCCGAGAAACAGAAAUGGUAGACAUGAAGGAUCUACUCGUCGCGGUUGGUUGAAGGAUCAGCUGGUCACGGAUGGUUGGAGGAUCUGCUCGUGAUGAAUCGCCGCAGAAUCUUCUAGGCCAAAGAAUUACUCAGGGAUCAUCAAGGGUCGGGAAAGAGAUCCUUGGGCUCGAAGGCUAACGCUGAGACUUGAGAUGGAAGAAUCCUUGAGAAACGGAAGGCAUUGAGGGUUUUCCCCAAGCACGGAUGGAAUGGACUUAUACAAAGGCAGUCGAUUGACUUUAAGAUUUCUUUCCUUGUUUAAUGGCAAAUUAAAUAAUUUACGACACAAAAACCCAAAGAUCCAGCAUAAAACAGCAAGCUGGCCUUGGUAAAGAGAAGAGAAGAAUCACAGUGCAUGACGACCAUAUCCUAAAUGACCCGUGCUUUCCUGUUAAAGUCUAACUGCUACCAACACUAACUUUCAUUUGUGAACAGAAUAUUUCUGAAUGCAACAGACCGAUGUGUUAUGUAUGAAAUGAACUAGGUAAAUAUUGCAAUAUAAGGAAAUAUAAUAUUUGCAUAUAUCGCCAUGUUCACUAUGAAGGUAAUUUUAGACUACUGGCACUUUAAUCUUAACCAUUUUCUCUAUCAAAUAUCACGUUACUGCUUUAUUGUAAUAUAUCUUGCCUUAUUUAUGUAACUACCCCUCCCCCUUUUUAUUGCCUACAUCCAUGCUGACAUUUCAAUAAUUUAUUCACGAAAAUCUCACCAUUUUAGAAGUAGUGUUUUUCCAAUUGUAAAUAUCUGUUAAAUAGGAUAGCCGUUGUACAGACGCUCUCGUUUUCUGUUGUAGACGAGAUGCAGACUGAACACCGAACUGGUUAAGUUAUAUGUUAAUUAAUAUAUUGCUGACUUGAACAUUUUGUUACCCACAGAGAUAUUUAAGUAAUUCGAAAAACGAAUAAAUAAAAAGAAAUGUCAAACUAAA